CGGCAACAGGUUGUGACCGGCGCUCUAUAAACAUCAGAAGGCUUUGAGAGGCAGAGAGAGAGAGAGCUCCCUCAGACACACAAGCCUCUCAAGACAGGGAGAAACUAGCGAACAGGAGUCUUCCCGUUUGGUAAUGUACUUGCUGUCAGAUCCCCUACUUCUCUCCAUCAGGUUACAGUGAGACACACACACAGACCAGGGGAACGUUGCUGUCGCUGUUUUUGCUUCUGUACAGUGGGAACGGCUGGGGAUAUUCUCUCUGAAAUGCGGAAAGUGUACGUGGGUGAAACUAUCAUCUAGCAGGUUCCGAUUCUCCGAAGUGAGAAUUCGCUGGAAUGCGAUCCGAGUGGACUUGUUGAAGGUGAUGGAUCUAAUCCAUGCUCCGGGGGUAGCGGGCCUCCUCUGUCUUCUGCUCCUUCUGUGGCCUGUGCCCCCUUGUCAGGCACAGAGCGUGGUGAAAUUUUCCCUCCCAGAGGAACAGCCCCCGAAUACCCUGAUCGGGAACCCAGGUGAGACCCUGGGGCUAGACAAGAUCAACAGACUUUUCAAGCUGGAGAUUGGCACUCCUUACCUGCGAGUGGAUGAGACUGGAGGGAACCUGUACACCACCGAGACCCCCAUAGACAGGGAGGAGAUGAACUGUGAGAGACCCCUGGAGUGUUUCUUAGAGUUUGAGAUCUCAGUGACCAACACUCUGUACAACUCAGUGCCGAUACUAAUGGAAGGCAAGAUUCAUAUUCUGGAUAUCAAUGACAACACCCCCAGCUUUAGCUCACCGGUCAUUUCCAUCUCUAUCCCAGAGCACACUACAGCGGGUACUAUUGUCAAUAUCCCCACUGCCACUGACCGUGAUGCUGGCACAAAUGGAGUGGCCAGUUAUGAGCUUCUUGGCAAUGAAGCCCAUGGUUUGUUUAGCUUGCAGGUAGCUGAGGAGCACGGUGAGAAGCUGCCCCAGCUGAUAGUGACUGGGCGCUUGGACAGAGAGCAGCGGGACACCUAUGACCUGACCAUCCGAGUGGUGGAUGGGGGAAAGCCCUCGCGGGCCAGCACAGCUAUCCUCCGCAUUACUGUGCUGGACAUCAACGACAACGUCCCCAAGUUUGAGAGGUCCUCCUAUGAAGGCACGGUGGAAGAGAACAGCCCAGUUGGCACCUCCAUCCUCCAAGUGAGGGCUAAUGACCUGGACUUGGGCGACAAUUCCCAGAUUGAGUACACCUUCGCCCAAGCUGCUGACAGUGCUCGCCGCUUACUUAGACUGGACAAAAGCAGCGGCUGGAUCACGGUGCAGGGACCGGUGGACCGUGAGCAAAUUAACCAGUUCAGAUUCUUCGUCCAUGCCCGAGACAAGGCUCCCAUUCCCAAACAGGACAGGGCUGCAGUGACCAUCGCCGUCAGGGACAAGAAUGAUAAUGCCCCCACCAUUGAGAUUCGUGGCAUUGGGCUGGUCACCCACAAGGAUGGGGUUGCAAACAUUGAUGAGGAUGUGCCAGUUGACUCCCCUGUGGCCCUGGUCCAGGUUUCAGACAGGGAUGAAGGUGAGAACGCAGCUGUCACAUGCAUUGUAGCCGGGGACGUACCCUUUCAGCUGAAGCCAGCCAGCGAGUCCAGCAGUGAGAGAAAGAAGAAAUUCUUCCUGCAGACCACCAUGCCACUGGAUUACGAGUCUGUCCAGGAUUACCUGAUUGAGAUUGUGGCAGUCGAUUCUGGAAACCCACCGUUAUCCAGCAGCAACACUCUGAAAGUGCAGGUGGUAGACGUGAAUGACAACCCUCCAAUCUUCACUCAGAAUGUCAUCCGGGUCUCCAUCCAUGAAAACAACCAGCCGUACAUUCCCAUCGUCAAAGUGGAGGCCACAGAUGCUGACAGUGGCAGCAAUGCUGAGCUGACCUACUCUCUACAGCCAGACCCUUCCAUUAGCGGCUUAUUUGACAUCGACACAGAUACUGGAGAGAUUCGAGUCAAUACCAUUCUUGACCGUGAGCUGAAGGAGCAUUAUGAGUUCAAGGUGGCUGCAGCAGAUAAGGGCACCCCCAGCCUUAAAGGUACAGCCACGGUGGUGGUCAGUGUACUGGAUGAAAAUGAUAAUGACCCAAAAUUCAUGCUGAAUAGCUACAGUUUCUCGGUGCGAGAAAAUCUCCCUCCAUCGAGCCCAGUUGGCAUGGUCACUGUGUCGGAUGCAGAUAAGGACAUGAAUGCUCAAAUAUCUCUCUUUGUGGAUCCAGACAAUGGUGAGUUUGAGAUACAAAAUGGCACGGGCACCAUCCUUUCCCGUGUCUCCUUUGACCGUGAGCGUCAAAGUACCUACACCUUCCAGCUGAAGGCAGUAGAUAGUGGGAACCCUCCCAGAUCAGCUUAUGUCAGUGUCACGAUCAACGUUUUAGAUGAAAAUGACAACACUCCGGUUAUCACCCAACCUUCCAAUUCCUCCUUCCAGCAUAUCAACCCCCUCACUCAAAUAGGGACAUCGGUGGAGCAGGUAAAGGCCGAAGACAUGGACAUUGGAAUCAAUGCCAACUUGACGUACAGUAUUGUAGGUGGGAAUCCCUUUGGCCUGUUCCAUAUCUCUCACGAUGGAAGCAUAUUAUUGGACAAGGAAAUUUCACGGAGGCACUAUGGCUUGCACAGACUUGUGGUCAGGGUGAAGGAUGGAGGUACACCAUCUCGUUUUGCUACAGCACUAGUGCACAUUUAUGUAAAUGAUACAAAGGGAAACGUCAGCCAAGUGGAGGCUUUGGUGGGCCACAGUCUCAACACACCACUUGACGUGGACAUUGCAGGAGAUCCCGAGUAUGAGAAGAGUAAGCAGCGAAGCAACGUCUUGUUCGGAGUGAUUGCUGGAAUUAUUGCCGUCAUAUUGGUGAUUGUGAUCGUGGUAUUGAUUCGUUACUGCAGGCAGAAGGAAGCCAAAAGUGGCUAUCAGGCUGGCAAGAAAGAAAACAAGGACCUGUAUGCUCCAAAACAGACCAAUAAAAAUGCUAAGCACAAAAUCAAGAAAAGCAAACCCUCAAAACCCACCAAACCACUGGAGGAUGAUGAGACUGGGACCCAAAGGGGAUUACAGUUCAACUUGAUCAAUGAAUCCAGCAGUGACAGUCCACGGAUUCAUCUCCCACUAAACUGUAACCCAGGGAGCCCUGACCUUGGAAGACACUACAGGUCAAACUCUCCACUGCCAUCCAUUCAGCUGCACCCACAAUCACCCACUGCUGGGAAGAAGCACCAGGUUGUGCAAGACCUUCCAGCUACUAACACCUUCGUUGGGACUGGGGACAACAACUCGACUGGCUCAGACCAGUACUCUGAUUACAGUUACAAGACCAACCCUCCAAAGUACAACAAGCAGCUUCCUCAUAGAAGAGUGACCUUCUCCACAGCCAAUCAGUCCCAGGAUCUGCAAGACCCAAACCAGCACAGUUACUAUGACAGUGGGCUUGAAGAAUCAGAAACCCCAAGCAGCAAAUCAUCUUCAGGGCCACGUCUGGGACCCCUCACACUGCCUGAGGACCACUAUGAACGCACCACACCUGAUGGCAGCAUCGGAGAGAUGGAGCACCCAGAGAAUGAUCUCAGACCGCUACCUGACGUUGCUAUGACUGGGAACUGCACAAGAGAAUGCACAGAGUUUGGUCAUUCUGAUUCCUGCUGGAUGCCAGGGCAACCAUCCCCCAACAGGAAGCAGAAAAACGCCCCCAAACUUUCCACCUUUGUGCCUUAUGAAGAACGGGGGAGCCAGGAUCGUCUCAGCAACGUGAACCCCCGUCUCAUGGAGGAUGGCAACGCCAAGUUGGCCAAUAUUCGCUUCAUACCAACGCACAGUGCCUUCCCCAGUUCAAAUCAUGAGCUCAACAAGGACUCGGCUCUGGAGGAAAUCCCACUCACCCAGCCACCUGACUACCAACAAACAACUGGCCCUGCUCCACCCAGUUCCAAGCGAGAGAUUUAUCUGUGAUGGGAGGUGGAGCCUGCUGUGUGCCUGAUUCAAGCUGUUUUAUAACCACACAGAAAUGCGAGGGUUAAGUAGAGGGCGAAACAGUAAGGAGGAAUCUAUGGUGAAAACAAAACAAAAACACAAAGGCUUUAUUGUCCGCAGUACAAUUUUGCGGUGAAUUUGAAUUUCAGAGAACGGACAGGUUUGAAAUGGAACUUUCCAAUUGAGUAUUGAGCAGGGUUUUCCACACCAUUGGCAGAGUCUCCACCCCUUGUUGGCAUCAACAACAGGAAAGAACACAGGUGGUCAGCAGUCAAAACUCAAAUCUGACCCGCUCAUCAUUUCCAUCGCUGUCGAACUUCUUAACUGCAUGCAAUCGAUUGUUUCUUUUGUUCCUUCUUUUCAGUUCUUGUUUCUUGUGUAUGGAUGUGGUGGGAGUGGGAUGUAGGAGUGGAUAAAUGCAGUUGAUUCAUGUCAUCCAUGUGGGGGUGAUAUCGGGAGAGGGGAAACCAAAAAAAAAGAAAUUUACACUCUUGUAGUUCUAGAACUUAGCACCUCAGUGCUUAAAUCUCGUUGUCGACCACUUGUCUGGCACGUUUACCCUAACUGCAGGGACCAAUCAGCACAGAAACUCGCAAGCAUUGCUGUACACUUGUGUAAAUAUAACCUUCAGAUGAUGUAUGACUUGCAUCUCUUGUGGUUCAGAGAUCGGGAGAAAUCUCUUCCACUGUUAUUCAUGUGGCUCAGUGGUGUAAAGCAAAACGAUCUUACGUUGUGUUUUUCUUCAUGUAAAUAAUUUGAAAGGUAGCAAUGAAAUAUCAUUUUGUAAGUCUAGCUGAAGAAUUCGUCCAGUGACCUGAUUAAGUUGAUGGUGGUUCAUUACGGCCUUUACCUUUUCUGCUAUUUAUAAUUGUUCAGAAAACGGGUACUGGUGAACCAUGUCCAGUCUCCAUUCUGCUAUUCACUGUUUCUUCCUUUUGCUUUUAAACAAAACAAAAGAGUUGACUUACCAUUUUAACGUUUACAUGACUACAGUGGUCUCAGGUGCCACUUAAUUUGAUAUUGGAUGAUGGAAAGGGAGGUAUAUACCUCUGGACCCUGGUCUGUGAUCCUCUGGGAUUAUCAUAGCUCUUGCUGGGCCUGCUGUCCACUUUUGCUGAACAUAUUAUCAUUUACACCUUUGAUGUGGACACUUCACUCUGCUCCCAGUGCACAAUAUAAGGAUUGAUGCCAGGUCCAUGUGCUUGUUAGCCUUCUGUAAACUAACCCAUCAGCAUGAAUGGCAUUGUAGCCUUUUUGGCUAUCUGAUUGACACUUCUUUAAGAUGUGUGGGGAGGGUGUGAAGGUGUGUACAGGCACAUGUAUGCAUGAGUGUUUGCUCAUGUGAAGGUGUGUUUGUAUGCAUAUGGAUCUUUGCAUGUAUGUGCACAUAUUUCUGUAGGCACGUGUGUAUAUACAGAUAUAUAUAUACAUGUGCAUCUGCCACGUGUGCCUGUAUGAACAUUUAUAUGUGCAUCUGUAUGUUUGCAUGUGUCUAUGCAUGUGUGUAUAUGCACAUAUAUGUCCAGCUGUGUGUGCAAGCAUGUUGUAUUAUGUGCACAAGUAUGCGUGGAUAUGUUUGAAUGCGUAUGCCUUCGUGGUUGCGUGUGUUAGACUAUGCAUGUUUUUGUGUGCGUGCGUCUGCGCUUGUGAUUGAAUGUGUGUGUGUCUCUGGGUAUGAUUGUGUGCGAGUGUGUGUGCCUGUGCAUAUGAUUGAAUGCAUGUGGCUGUGUGUAUCUGUAUGCAUGAUUGAAUAUGUAUGUGAGUGUGUGUGCAUGUGUGUGCCGGCAUGUGUGUAUCUGUAUCAUUGGAAUGGAUCUCCCAGAGGAAAGGAAAGGGAGGGAAGAAAGGACAGCAUUGGCCACAGUUGCAUAGUGCCUGGCUGCUGAUGCAGUUUUGGUCCCCUCCUCUCAGUACCCCCGUGGGCAAGAUUUGUUACAAUACUUUUAGAUGUGCUUAUGCCGUAGUCAUUGUGCCAAUCGCAUUAAAAUAUCUUCUUUGGGACUGAAUACUGAACAUUCAGUAAUAAAGUAGAUAUGGGAUUGGACAGAUGGCUUAGUCAUAAUUAUAUCAUUAAAAUCUACUGAAAUGGUGAAAGUAGAUUUUCUUAUUCAACCAUCAAACAAAUACUAACAGAACCCCCAAGUCUCAUUGAGACCAUUUCAUUGCUCAGUGAUCAGGGCAUCUUAUGGCAUUUUAAACUAAUUUUGUGACCAAUUACAGAUCACAGUACUGCUACCUACCCACUGCUCAUUUUAAUCUUCGAGUUCGAUGACCCAGCAGCCAUUCUUCUUGAUGGUCUUAAUUGUGACGAUUGUUUCCAAGUACUGCCCCUUUCCCAAUUGUACCCACUUCCCAACUUAUGAAGCUCGAAUCGGGGAAGAUGGUGCAUCUGUAUAAAAGAAACCUGUUAUGUUAGCAUGAUUAUAGCUCUGUUGUCACAAAAUAUUUGCAUUCUUCUGCGUGUGUAUGUGCUUUUAUUUGUUUCAACACCUGUGAUAGAGCCCUGCUAAAUCCGUGAUCAGACCUCAUCCCUCUCAAAACCGGAAUUCCCAAGCUUUGCGAGUGUAGGGAAGCAGUACUCACUUUGUGCCUUGUUAUGUGAAAGGGUGGAGAUGAGAACAGGGAUCAGCAGGAAAAAGGAGGUGGAAUGGCUCCAUUAAGCUUCUAACUGUAACCUUCAGUGCUCUUCAUAUGUAAUUAAUGAAGAGCAAAGGCCUUUUUUUGUGUGGGGGAAAAUUAUUGGUGUAUUAAAGUUGAUGGGACUCACAGCGUGAAGUUACAGCCAACUUUGAAAUCAGACAAACCUUAAGUCAAAAGUUUUAUCAGAAAUGAUUCAAAUUGUUCACUCUGAAUCUAUCACAUAAAUACAGAAUAUUAUCAAAACGAUUUUUGGCUUCAGUAUUUUUGUUUGUGUAAGAUGAAUUGUGCUCUGGAGUGACAGUAUUGUGGGAUUUGAAUUAUGUACUGUUCAAGGCAGGAACACCUGUGGUUAUUGUCAGAGUUCUGUCAUCUCCAAUUCUCAGGAACUAGGGGAGGGACUUGAUGUUGCUUCCGGAAAAAAAAUUGUUGAACAGCUUGACGGUAUCAAUGUGGGCUCCUAAGCUGCAUGCAUUCUCAAAGUUGACACAAUUCCUUCAGUCAGACCGAGCUGGUCAGCAAGUUGACCAGUAAUCAGAAAACAAAUAACAAGAUAGACAGUUAACCUCCACCACCACAAGCCUCCAAUCUGAAAUCACUGUUGGAAAAUUUGGAUAAGAACAGUGUAUCUAUCUGGGGCCAAAAACAGAAGUUGCUGAAAAAGCUCAGUGGGUCUGGCAGCAUAUGAGAAGGAAAAAAAUCAGAGUUAACACUUCGGGUCCGGUGACCCUUCCUCAGAACUGAAACAAGAUCUAAAACGUUUACUGUGAUUCUAUUCUUCACAGAUGCUGUCAGACCUGCUGAGCGCUUACAACAAUUUCUGUUUUUGUUCCUGAGUUACAGCAUCCACAGUUCUUUCGGUUUUUAUUGUUUAUUUAGGGCAAUGGGAAGCUGAAAUGUUAAAGGUGCCUUGUAAUAUAAUUAAGCUGCAGCUAGACUGAUGCAGGAGUCUUGGGAUUAGAACAGAUAUCACAACACUAAGAAAACAAAGUAUCUUGAACCCAAGUCAUACAGGUAGCAAAAUUUCCCAGCAAGUGUCGAGGUGGCAGAAUGACCACAUGGGUUCUCAAGAAGCCACUUCUCCUGUAUCAGUAAGAAGAGGUUGCUGAUGCAUUUUCUUUUGUGUUUCAUUCUAUGAAAAUGGAUCCAAUGGUCGACUUCAUGUGUAUUUAUGAAGUAUUGUGUUACAGUGUAGUUUGCUAUGUGUGACCCUGGACCAGAAUGAGAGCAGCCCAUGCACCUGUAAGAAGGACCAGUGCUUUGAAUCAGUCUAUACCACAUAUCUUGCUACAACCCAAGAGAUUAUCCAAGAUGAGUUAAUUUUAGGGCAGGGUGGAGAGGGGGUGAACACCAGAUUCCAUGAGAUUUGGCUAAAAGCAGCAGCCACUGUUUAAAUCAUAUGAACUUCAAUGUAGGUUCACUUUAUAUAAUUAAUUUAAUUGCUUGUAUGCCAUGUUUUUGUACAGUUUUAUGUACAUGCAAAUGUUGCUUUUAUAUAAAAAAAUCAGCAAAUGGAAGUAUGUUACUAUUUUUAGAUGGGUUUAAUGUGUAAUCAGAACCAUAUUGUUGAAGGUGUUUGGAAACACAUGUAAUGCUUUAAUAGUUAAUCCACUGGCUUCCUAUGUUACUUCUGAGAUUUGCGCGGGCAGUGAGCACAGUUUUUGAUUUAUAUCUAUUAUUUUUUUCUAUUGUUAAGCAUGUAAACAAAUUCUUGACCCUUAUUUGCUGAGCAGUCAACAGAGAGAAGACCCAAUCAUUGUAAUUAUUCCUUCCUCUAAGCUUUCCAAUAAAAUGGAAAAACAAACAAA